AUGGAUAUUUCGGCUACACAGCAUGAUUCGGCAGUCGCGGACCUUCAGAAACCCAACAGACACGAUAAACUGGAAGUACAGGAACCUUAUGUCUCAUCACAGAAGGAUCAGAAGACCGAAGGGAAGCUUCCUGGGUUCUAUCGGGCAGUUGGCAAAUCCUACGCAAACUACGGCAAGCGGCACAGUGUUAGAGUGCGUAGAGAAGAUAACGUCUUCUUAGUGCAUGACGGAGAAAAAAUAAUGUUCCCAAAUUGUUCAGUGACAUGGAAGAUACUGACUACUAUAUACAGGCAACCAAACGACUACAGAAGAAAAACAACAGAUACAAAUUAAAAAUUAUAGUUAUUUCGUGGUAUUCAUGUGUUAUGUUUGUUAAUUCAAAUAAACAUGAUAAUAGG